AUGGAGCUUUGGAACUCCACCCUGGGAAGUGGCUUCAUAUUGAUGGCGAUUUUGAAUGACAGUGGGUCUCCUGGGCUGCUCUGUGCCACAAUCUCAGUCCUGUACAUGCUGGCCCUCACCAGCAAUGGUCUGCUGCUUCUGGUCAUCACAAUGGAUGCCCGGCUCCACGUGCCCAUGUACCUCCUGCUCAGGCAGCUCUCUCUCAUGGACCUCCUCUUCACGUCUGUUGUCACUCCCAAGGCCAUUGUGGAUUUUCUGCUCAGUGAAAACACCAUCUCCUUUGGGGGCUGUGCCCUUCAGGUGUUCCUAGUACUGACCCUGGGUGGUUCAGAGGACCUCCUACUGGCCUUCAUGGCCUAUGACAGGUAUGUGGCCAUUUGUCAUCCUCUGAACUACAUGGUCCUCAUGAGGCCGAGAGUUUGCUGGCUCAUGGUGGCCACAUCCUGGAUUUUGGCAUCCUCUAGUGCCAUUGUAUAUACUGUGUACACCAUGCACUAUCCCUUUUGCAAAGCCCAUGAGAUCAGCCACCUGCUCUGUGAGAUUCCACCUCUGUUGAAGUUGGCCUGUGCAGAUACUUCCAGAUAUGAACUCAUGGUGUAUGUGAUGGGCGUGACCUUCCUGAUCCCUCCUCUUGUUGCUAUCCUUGCCUCCUACACACUAAUCCUGCUUACUGUGCUCCACAUGCCCUCAAAUGAAGGGAGGCGGAAAGCCCUGGUCACCUGCUCUUCCCACCUGACUGUGGUCGGGAUGUUCUAUGGAGCGGCCACAUUCAUGUAUGUUCUGCCCAGUUCCUUCCACAGCCCCAAGCAGGACAACAUCAUCUCUGUCUUCUACACGAUUGUCACCCCAGCCCUGAACCCCCUCAUCUACAGCCUGAGGAAUAAAGAGGUGAUGGGGGCCUUGAGAAGGGUCCUAGAAAAAUACAUGCUGCGGACACACUCCUGA